AUGAUCCGCCAACUCCUCGCCCGCCUCACGUCCAUCCUCCUGCACCCCAUGGCCCUCCUCAACCCCCUCUACGCCUUCGUCGUGCCCUUCCUCCUCGUCACCACCAUCCCGCUCGCCGUCUUCGCCGGCAUCACCACCACCUUCGCCUUCUCCAUCCUCAUCCUGCGCGUUUUCGUCGUCUACCUCGACAUCGCCCUCUCCCUCGUCUCCCAGUCCCUCUCCCACCUGACCGAGAGCAGCGCCGCCAAGUUCCACCACCCGCGCCGGCCCUCGUCCUCCUCGCCCUCGUCCUCCUCCUCCGUCCACAGCCGCACCAACAGCGUCAGCCCCUCCGCCUCGUCCACGCUGCUCAAGCGGCAGCACAACAGCCGCCGCCGCCGCCUCAGCUCCUCCGUCUACUCCGCCGGCUCCGCCACCCCCGCCAGCGACAUCGGGCUCGGCCUCAUCCCCAGCGUCGGCGCCGAGCGCGACUUUGAAGGCGUCGGCGGCUGGCGUCUGGGCGGCGGCGACGACGACGACGAUGACGACGAUGCCUGGACCACCAUCAACUCCCGCCUCGAGCUGCACGACCGCAAUCACCGCCGCAGCCUGUCCGGGGGCCCGGCGGCCGCAGCAGCGGCGGACACCGGCUUCCUCAUGAUGAAGGGCCGCGCCAGGAGCCCCGAGCAGAGGCUGACGCCGGCGUCUCCGAAUAGCUCCAAGGCGCGAGCGCCCUCGGCUCCGCGUCUGAUGGGCGGCUCCAGCCAGACCGACAGCUAUUUCCCCAUGAUUACGUCUUCCAAGGCAAUCAAGCGGAGCACCAACUAG